AUGCCGGCCGUUCGCACAGUACCACGCGAUGUGUUGAUACGCGUUCCAAAGGUGGAACCGUACUCGAACAGUUACGUUUCUCCUGCAGCGAGAGCCAAGGAGGAAGCAAAGAAGAUCGCUGCUGCUGCUGUACCUGUGACAAGUGCUGAUGGAUCAGUGACCGUCGACGCGAGUGCACCUGUCGCCGCAACUGCAGAUUCGACCAACCCGCUAGCAGCUCCCACUGCUGCAACCACAGCAGACGCUGCUUCAUCUACAGCUGAAACAACGACCAACACCGCCGACGCAGAUGGUCAAGAUCGAAAUCAACGAGGCAACUCACCCACACUACCAUUCCUCUCGCUCGAACGACCAGAAGAACAAACCGUCGAUCUGUCCAAAGCAGCCACCUCGUCCGCGGGUUGGAACAGCCUGCUCGUAUGGGCACGUCGUCAGAGAGGUGCUCAGUGGGACGCAUCCACCGCGCUCUGGCAAGUCGACAAGUACAGCAGAGAGUACUACAGCUUUUGUCAGGAUCCAGCCACCACAGAUCGAUCCAAACAGCCCGGUGGCGACGACGGCGGUGUAACGGAACAGAAGGACAGCAAGCCACUGCCGGGGUCGGAUGCCGUGGCAGCAGCAGAGGUGGAGGACGAUGAUGAUAAAGGUCCCACUGCGAGAAGUUCCUCGCGUGGCAAGGUGCAGGAGAGCGCAGCUGGCGGUGGGGCAGUUUCAACACCGGUCUCUUCUGGCCGCUCGAUCAGGUUGCUCAGACGGUGA